CCUCCCAGUCGCCCAUGCGCUCUCGCUCCCCGUCGCCGGCUCCGUCUCGCCCGGCCUACCAGCUCCGGUCCAAACGCGCCGCCUCCGGGACCAGCAAGGAGGACAACAAGCCGCCGGCUGCGCGUACACGUGGCGGCAUUCGCACGCUUUCCGAUCUGAAUCGGCGUCCGGUGAAGGAUGGGUCUGACAGUGACUCCGAUGAGCCCAAGGAGUACUACACUGGUGGCGAGAAAAGUGGUAUGCUUGUCCAAGACCCCACCAGAGGCGGGGGUGACGUGGAUUCAAUUUUCACUCAAGCCAAACAGUUUGCACAAGGACCUCUGGAACCUUCGUCAAGCUCAAAAAGUUUUACUGGAACAGCUAGAACACUUAGGCUAUGUUUGGUUGGUGGAAAGGAAAGGAAUCAAUUUCCUUUCCCAUGGGAAAGUGAAUCCGGAGGGGAGGGGAGGGAAUGAAUUUCCUCCACUUUUUCCCUUCAUUUGGGAAACACUUUCCCUUCCAAUGGCUGUCCCAAACACAGGAAAGGAAAGUGUUUCCUUUCCCAAUGCCAAUUUUCCGGGAAACAAACAUGGCCUUACAGGAGAGACCGUUCCAACUGCUGCACCUCAGCCACCUGAGUCCAUCAAUCACACCAUUACUUUCUGGAGGAAUGGCUUUUCCAUAGAUGACGGUCCGCUGCGGAGGCUGGAUGAUCCUGCAAAUGCAGCCUUCUUGGAAGUAAGUUUUCAUGAAAUUAUCCAAUCGUUUCAAUUAUUUUCAGAGCUCUAUACC